AUGGCGGAACGAAAGCUCGUGUCUGCCCAGCAGAUUUCAGAGCACAGAGCAGCCGAUGAUUGCUGGAUUGUGGUAGACAAGCAGGUGUGGGAUGUGACUGACUUCUUAGAAGAGCAUCCUGGGGGCUCCGCAAUUAUUCUGAAAUACGCAGGCAGUGAUGCGACAAAAGCCUAUUCAGAGGUUCACGCACCAAGCGUAUUGAAGAACAAUCUGGACACGACAAAAUUCAAAGGCAUUCUCGACGAGUCCACGAUUGACGCCGAGUGGGCCAAACCUCCAGCACAAAAUCCAUUGCUAAUACUACAAAAUGAAAAGCCUCCACUGCAUACUUUGAUCAACUCGCACGACUUUGAGGCAGUGGCCUCAAGAACUGCUACCAAGAAGACCUGGGCUUUCUAUUCCAGCGCAGCUACAGAUCUAAUUACACGAAACGCCAAUAAAUCAUGCUUUGACAGAAUAUGGUUCCGCCCACGAGUCUUAAGAAACGUGCGUUCGGUUGAUGCUCGGACGAAUAUGCUCGGUGGGAGUUACAAGCUCCCACUCUUCGUGAGUCCGGCAGCAAUGGCAAAGCUUAUCCAUCCAGAUGGAGAGUGUGCUAUUGCCAAAGCCUGCGCGAACAAAGGAAUCAUGCAAGGAAUUUCAAAUAAUUCGUCCUACACGAUGGACGAGCUGCGCGCUGCAGCACCCUCCGCCGACUUUUUCUUCCAACUAUACGUCAAUCGGGACCGAGAAAAGUCCGCUGUCUUGCUUCGGGAGUGCUCGGCCAACCCGAACGUUAAAGCGAUUUUCGUCACCGUGGACGCCGCCUGGCCCGGUAAGCGCGAGGCCGAUGAGCGUGUCAAGGCCGACGAGAGUCUAUCGGUGCCCAUGGCGCCGUCAAAGGCGCAGAAUGAUAGGAAAGGGGGCGGCCUUGGGCGCGUCAUGGCCGGGUUCAUCGAUCCCGGGCUCACAUGGGAGGAUUUGAAAUGGGUGAAACAACACACGCACAAGCCGGUGUGUUUGAAAGGUGUGAUGUCAGCGGACGACGCCCUGCUGGCGAUGAAAGCGGGGCUUGAUGGUAUCCUGCUCAGUAAUCAUGGCGGUCGCAACCUGGACACUAGCCCGCCGUCGAUUAUCACGCUGCUGGAAAUCCACAGGCGCUGCCCAGAGGUCUUUGACCACAUGGAGGUUUACGUUGACAGCGGGAUUCGACGUGGAACCGACAUCCUCAAAGCUGUGUGUCUAGGUGCUACAGCAGUGGGAAUGGGGCGGAGCAUGCUCUUUGCUACUAACUAUGGCCAGGAGGGAGUCGAGCAUUUGAUUGACAUCAUGCAAGAUGAGCUGGAGACAGCCAUGCGGAACAUUGGCAUCACAUCCCUGGCGGAGGCGUCCCCAGAUCUCGUGCACACAGGGGAUGUCGACCACCUGGUUCCAGCAUCCCGCUCGCACCCGUACGCUCGGGCCAUAGCUAAAGGACGAAAAAUGUCGUCCAAACUUUAG